UUUUGAGUGCCACAAUAAUACCUUGCUUAUAUAAAGAACUGUGCUGGCCGUUUCAUUUGUUAAUUGUGCCAACUGUUCCGAGCAGCAAGCGCCCCCCCAAAAGACACACAAAACAUUAUAUAGCCAUGAACACUUUCGCUACUCUUGCGGUUCUCUUCUGCGCUUGCCUCAUCGGCAACUGCCAUGGAGGCUAUGGCGGUGGCGGCCAUGGAGGCUACGUGCAACAGGGAAGCUAUGGACAGCGCUCCAACGGUGGUGCCGCUUCGGCUGCCAGCUCUGCUGCUGCCGCAGGCAACCAGCGUCCCGUAGAGAUCAUUGCCGGUGGACCCCGAGGUGGUUAUGGCCAUGGCCAAGAGAUCCUGCGCCCCAUUCAGCUCGGUUAUGGCGGACACUCGCAGCGUGUGCCCCAGCACGGCAGCUACGGACGUCGCAGUGGCUAUGGACCACGCUGGACUGUGCAGCCAGCUGGCGCCACUCUCCUGUACCCAGGCCAGAACAACUACCGCGCCUAUGUCUCGCCUCCGGAGUACACCAAGGUGGUGCUGCCCAUCCGUCCAGCUGAGCCCGUGGCCAAGCUCUACAUUCCCGAGAACCGCUAUGGCAGCCAGCAGAACUACGGCAGCUACGCUCCCCAGCAGAGCUACAACGUCGAGGGUCCCAGAUACUAGAUGGAUACUCUCCACCUCCUCAGUCCCCCUUCUCAGUGUGGAUUCGCUCCCGUGCAGCGCGAAUAAAAAAUACAAAAACAAAACAUAA